UACACCAGUGUUUGUCAUCAGUUCACGAGCCACUCUCGAACCGCGCGGUACUCUACAACGCACACGUCGAAGCGCCACACGGGACGAACACGUUCGAACGGAUUACGUUUACAUUUAAUUGUUUUUAUUUUCUCGUUCUCUCUUUUUCUCUCUCUCUCUCCGUCGUUCUAGCGGCGAUCUCCGCUAUUGUGUCUCUAAUAUCGACGCAUUUCCGAUCCCGUCUCGCAACUCAGUCCGGAUUAUCUACACGAUCGGACCGCAUCUCCGAUCACAUCAUGUUUCGUUCGUCACAGUGGAACACCACGGUCGCCGUGCGGGCAUAGAGGCAGCAGCGGGCACACACGUCGCGUGUACGUCCCCGGACCGGCCGAAAAAUAGCACUAAAAUAUUAAUAAUAAUAUCAACUGUACGCAAACUGACGUCAUCGCCUCUCAUUCGUCCGACCGUGGAUUUCGGUUAUCGGUGUUGGACGCGUGCCUUACGUCGUAUUUUGCUAAAAUCACCAUACCAUACCACGCGUGUACGUCGUUCCGAAUCCGCGGUUGACUUGGCCCGCGCAAGUCGCAACCUCGCUUCGUUCCGAAAUUGUUGUUUUUUGGUACGACGAACGAAUACGCCGACCAGAUUUGUCGGCAUGAAAACCGACAAAGACCGUGUCACAGGUGUUUGAUCGACAAUGAUAAGCGGUGUGCUGUUGAUGGUGGCUGUGAUAUCAGGCAUAGUGUGCGGCGAAACGCCGAGACCGUCGGGCGCUAGAGCCGCGUUCAAGGACGCCGGCCAAGCAGAGAGGCACUUGCUGGCAGCGCUGGGCAUGAAGCGCCGACCGGUAGUGGACAAGUCCAAAGUGGAGAUACCGGCCGCCAUGCUGGAGCUGUACAGGAUGCAGAUGUCCAACGAGUUCGAUACCACCGGCUUGCCGUUGCCGGGUCGCCACGUCAAGUCCGCAAAUACCGCCCGUACGUACUUACACCGAGAGUCGGAACCGAAGAACCCAAAGUGCCGUAAGUACAGGUUACAGUUCGCGGUUGACCCGCUACCCGAAGGCGAAUGGCUGACCGCGGCCGAGCUGCGACUGACGCCGUUGCGGGACAGACCGGCCGGGCAGCCGGGUCGCGUACAAGUACUCGUGCACGACAUCGUGCAACCGGGCGUGCGGGGCGUGUCGAAGCCGGUGCUGAGGCUGUUGGACUCGCAGUUCGUGGACAUGCGAGACGUGGCGACGGCGGCGGACGACGCGGUGGUCACGUUGGACGUGACGCCCGCGCUGGAGAGGUGGUCGCAGCACGGCGGCCGGUGGUCGGCCGUCAACCACGGGCUGCUGGUCGAGACACUGGCGGACGGCCACGCGCGGUCGCCGGUACCUGACACGUUCGAACUGCGGGCCGCCGGCAGGCCGGCACUGCUCGUGUACUCGGAUGACGGCAAGAACAGCAGGCCCGUGGGCCCGCCACGGCGGAAACGUUCGCCCGGGACCGGCCAACAGCAGGGCAGAAGCGGCGGCGGCAGUAAGCGACGGAAAGACGGCAGCGGCGGCCGCGACAUCUGCCAGAGGCAUCCGCUGUACGUGGACUUCACGGACGUGGGCUGGGACGACUGGAUCGUGGCGCCGCCCGGCUACGACGCGUACUACUGCCACGGCGACUGUCCGUUUCCGGUGGCCGAGCACCUCAACUCCACCAACCACGCCAUCGUCCAGACGCUGGUCAACUCCAUGAACCCCACAGCCGUUCCCAAGGCGUGCUGCGUGCCCACGCAGCUGGCAUCCAUAUCGAUGCUGUACCUGGACGAGGACAACAAAGUGGUGCUGAAGAACUAUCAGGACAUGCAAGUACUCGGGUGCGGGUGCAGGUAGGCUUCGGCCUCAGUCAUCGUCUCCGUCAACCACACCGACACGUUCACAUACAUUCAAACAAUGAUACACACACACACACACACACACACACACAGCGUCGCCCAAAGAUAUUAUUAUCAUUAUUAUUAUUAU